UUCGGGCAAUGGACGCGUGUGGAAAGCCGAAGGGAAAUCACUUACCGCCAGCCCCGCAUCCACAAUAUUGCGUGUACAAAAGGGGCGUGUGCGUGGCUCCAGUGUGUGUGUGUGUGCCGAAAAAGUAAUGAGUUCUUUGGGUCCUCGACGAGUAGAUGCAAAAUACUAAACGCUAAAAAAGUGCCUUUAUGUUUUACCGAUUUUCCGGGCCUCACUUUGCGUAGUACUAAUUAAACGGCUUAAGAAUCACUAUCCGAAGAAUCCUGGCCAGUAUCCCUUGCCUUGAGAAAGCCCAAGGCUAAGUGCUGCAGAAAGUGAAUUUGAAGUAAAAGAAAAUUGCAUACAUUUACGGUUGACUUAUGAACGUCAGCAAAACAAAGUCCAUAAAAUAUUUGUUCGAAAACUGUGGGUCCAGAAGUCAUACCAAGAACAAGGUAUAAGGCGGUGUCCCUGAAAUGCGCCAAAAAUGCUGCUGCUGCUGCUGCUGUUGAGUGCGAAGUUCACCUUCACCCGACGUGCAUGUCAUGCAAACGUAUGAAAAAUCGAUACUGGAUUCCGCUGCUGAAGCAUCAGCCGUUGCACACUUAUUAGCCGCCAACUGAAGCCUCUCAAAAUUGCAGUCAAUCCAACGACACAGACCCAUUAUCCCAGAUAGAACAUAGACCACACAGGCAUCACAGGCAGAAAAGACCAUUGCCAUGGUGGAUGCCAAGCCACAGGCAGCCGCUCCGGGAGCAGUGCCGGGCACACCGCCGGCUGGCUUUGCCGGGGAGCGCUCCAAGAUCAAGCUCUUCAUGGAGCGGACGCCCAGCAUCGGGGCCCUCAAGUCCAAGUUCCUCACUGUGCUGGGCAACAGCAAUGAGCUGCUCAACGGCAUAUCAAAUAAGCUGACGCUGAGCAGCAGCAGCAGCGACUCGGACUACUGCGAUGACGACGAAGAUGUGCCCAAGUUUGACGAGAGCAUUGACUACACCAAGAUUGACUUUGAGGGACGGCGGGUAAAGGCUCGACGAGCGCACGAAGAGAUCAUCUCGGGACGGUAUCGUCAGCCCAAUUUGGCGCCGCGUCCUCGCCUAGAACCGUCGCGCGGCAGGCAUGCUGCCAAUAAGCUGGGAGGACCACAGCGCUCGAGCUCAUCCUCCAGCAGUUCCGGCAGCAGCAGUGACGACAGCAGCUCCAUGUCGCUACCCGAGAACCUGGCAGGACGCUCCCAUGACGUGAGCAGCACCACGCGCUCCGAUUCUAUAGAGUCACGCCACUCCGGAGGAUAUGAGCGGGCCAGAGCGAUAGCCGGAGCUCGGCGCAGCGAGAUGGACAUGCAAAAGGACAUGCAGAGGAUUGGCGAGCUGGUCGAGGCCCCGCCGCCACACAUCGACGUGCAGCCUCCUACGGAAGGAAUGGGAGCAGGAGGAGCUGGAUCCGGAGGACGGCAACAGUGGGCUGGCGGCAGUAACUCUAUGCGAGUGCCGCCGCGCAGCCGCACUUCGAAUAGUAGCACGCUAACCAGCCUAAGGGACGAGCCGGACCAACUCCUGGCCAGCCCAAGUAUGGAGUCCACCGACUGGCGGCACUUCAUUCGAUCCGAGUCGCAGAACUCGGUGCCGUCGUGGGCCUCGUCCAUCAGCCUAGACUGCCGGGCGGGCGAGGAGCCUGUCAAGGAGUUUAUGAAGCACUUCACCGCCAUGAUCUUCGGCGGCUCACCGGGAGCCAUCGAUCUGGAGUUGAAGUCCGAGUUCGGGGUGCUGCUCCGGCUGGAGAUUGGCAGGCUGUGGUUUACGCGCUUCCUAACCGAGCAGCGCCACAAGUCCAAGCGACUCGACUCGGUCACCUUUGGCGGCCUGGCCCAGUAUUUCGCCCUGGCCCUGUUCGAGUGCAGCGAGUGCGAGGACUACGCCCCAGCGGCUGUGCUCAUGAAUCUCUGCUUUCUGUUCUACCACGAGGUAGAGGUACCCGGCUGCGACCCUUACCGCGAGUACCUGUUCUCCUCGCUGCGCCAGCAGCCCAUCUGGCAGCAGCCGCGCUUCUGGAACGCCAUAUUCCACGAUGCUCUUCAGGCGGAGCGGGAGCACCGGGGUCGGAGUCAGCUGAGGCGCCAGCAGCGCCGCCAGCAGAAGCAGCAGCAGCGCCAGGUGGCAGCCGGAGCGACGGAGACGCCUCCACCCUCAAAGUCACCGCGCAAGCAGGGCGGCGGCGACUCCUCGUCGAGCUCGUCGCACCAGGCGGGCUCCAUUCAGGCUAGUCGGAAGCAGAGCAAGGCCAGCGUGGGUCAGCCCCAAUCGAUCAGGGAGCCAGAGGACAUUGCAUUUCGGCAACUUGGUGCCUUGACGUGCAACAUGCACUCUCUUGGGACGUCUCAGGAACUGUGCCUCGACUUCCUGAAAAAAAACGUGGUGGCUCUCAACCUAUCCAAAGACAAAGCCAAACUCAUCAGAGACAAUAUCUAUCGAAUGUAUCACGAGACGCAACUCUGGGGAGCCCGACACGCCUGAGGUGAUCCAAGUAACAAUUUCAAAAGUACCUAACAAAACCGUGUUUCAAUCUUCGUCUCAAAUAAACCUAAACUUUUGUCUAAAGUCAGCCGACAACUCAGAGCUAAUCCUUAAAUUAGCAGAUCAAUGAAGUUUUAUCUGAACUCUGAAGUUUUUACUCAUGUUGUUGUAACACUAAAGAUAGUUAUGAAGUUAUUUGGUAUUCUUGUAGCUGGCUUUGAUUUCAAAUGCGAAGCAUUGGGAGAGAAUUGGGAGAAAUGCAUUAAUUGGUUAUAAUUAUUAAUAUAUUAAAAAGGUAGACAAAUUGGAAAGCUCAUUAGUAGUUAGAACUUGAUAUCAUUUUUAGGCAAAUUUAAAAUUGAAUACAAAAUUAUACCGAAACAUAUCUCUAAAGAUUUAUUCGCUUUAUUUCCAUUUAAAAGAAGAAUCAUCACUAAAAUCUCGAAUUAAAGCCCGCUACAAGAACACCAUUUUCAUAGCUGAGAGAUAUUGGGGGUAUCUAAGCGAAAACUGACAUGUACAUGUAUCUAUAAAUUGUGAUAAUAAUAUUUUGUGAUUACUUUAUAUAGACCUAAAUACCUAUGAGUACCAAAAUUAUGCAAUGCAAGUAGCUAAAAUAUCGCAGUUUCAAGUUGUUACCAAUAAAGAUCAAUAAAAUGCAA